GUAGGGUAGGACCAUUAUUGUUAUUAAUUGACUAGUCGGCAAGUGUUACCCUUAGUCAAAAUAAUGUCAGGACGUAGGCCUAGGGAUUGGAGUAGGAGUCAUUCAGGAAUCAAAAAAGCAAGGAUGUCGCUAGGCCCUGAUUCUGCGGCUAAGGCCAGUGGAAUGCAAGUGGCUGUGGCAGGUGCAGAUGAUCCUGAUUUCAUCACCUUUCUGUUUGACCCUGAAGAGCAGUACAACUGUUACUUCGUAGUGGGAAACCCUGAAGUUGGAGACACGGAGAGGAUUGGUGUGGUGAAAAAGAUGCUUCUAGCCCACUCUGUGGUUUUCAGAGCAGAAUUGCAGAACUCAAAGAUAGCAGAAAAAAAUGAUGUUAAACUACUUGAUGUCUUCCCCCAAACUUUUAGAAACUUAUUAAGAUUUGUUUACGGCUACGAUAACACUCAAAACUUGACCUUUGAUGAAGCAGACAACUUGUUAUACGUUGCAGACAAAUAUUUCAUGUCCAAGUUAAAAAAAAGGCUUGGAAUACGCCUUAUGUCUUUGUUGAACGUCACCAACAUCUGCAGCCUUAUGAAUAACCCUGCUUGUUACACCGUUCUCGAGCUAAACUCAUUGAUUAAUGGGAUACUCCAGACGGAAACAGACAAGGUUCUGGCUAGUCCUCUGUUUCCUGACAUGUCUCCCCUCGGCUUUCUAACAAUCCUGCAACAGGAGAUGUGCAACGUACCUGAAAUUGACCUUUGGACCUCUGCCAUUGAAUGGGCUAGGCAUAGAGUUUCAGGAGAGUCGAAAAAUGGAGAAGCCUUGAGGAAUGAGUUAAAUGACCAUCUUAAACACAUUAGAAUCUGUACAUUGUCUGGCCAAGAUUUGAUGACUCAAGUGGUACCUCUGGGAGUGCUUACGUAUGAUGAACUCAAGUUGAUUGGUGAAACUCAGAGAACUGAGAAAGUACAGCCUGGCUUGACAACAAUCUGCAACAAGAUUGUUAAGAGGGAUAAACCGUUGUCAGAAUUGAUGGAACAAAGAUUGAACUUACCUCAUGUGAAUAAUAGCCUCAGUCUUUCGACAAUAACUAUCAAUACUAAAGCAGUCGCAAUAGAGUUGUGCUCAGUAAAGUUUUACAGCUCCGGUUCAAAUCAACACCAAUGCAACUGCACUAUAACAAUACGAAAGGGGACAGAACCACCUACUGUAGUGAGAUAUCAAGGACUGAUCGAUGGAGCUUCCAACAGGGACAUUCCAAUUAUUCUUGAUGACACGAGAAAUGUGCCUUUGUCUCCAAAUUCAACAUAUUCAGUCAAAUUUUUAUUUUCUUGUAGACAGCAUCAUUGCCAUUACUAUAAGCCACGUGCAGUAGAAAAUGGGACACACUUUGACAUUGCAUACCAGCCUGAUGAUUCUGGAUUUUAUUUUUCUCCUAUAAACACAAUAUGUUACAAAACAGUACAGACAGGACAAUGAUGAACAGUGGUGAUCUCUGAGGGGGAAACAACUUGACAAUGUUGAAGAAAUGUUUUCAGGUGUCAUUCAUGUCAGUGGACAGAAUAUUCAGAAACAUAAACACCAAAUAAAAAGUGAUAUAUUCCUAUACUUUAUUUGAAACUAUCUUGUGUGAUAGGAUUAAAAAAUACUUUGUUAAUUGAAAAAGGAAUUUUUACAGACCUGUUUCAGUCCCUUGUGAGCCUCUUACUUUUUGUGAAGUGACAUUUUAAUUUAGUUUUUACUUUUCAUUAAUGUGACAACACUUUACUUUUUUCAACAGAACACAAUUUUACAUACAAUUUUUGUUUAUUUUUCGUCAGAAUGCACCUUUGUUAAUAGCCUGUUAAAUAUUAUUAUCUGUUGUGGUUUUGUUGUCAAUGAAAGACAUGAAAGAAUUUAAGACUUAAUUUAGCAUUUUCCGCAUAUUAUAAGUUAUUUCUUUCGGUCUGUUUCACAAAAAAAUAUUGUUCACAUUUUUAUGUAUUUUGCUAUCCUAUUUCAUGGCGCUAUAAAAUAUUGUUGUAGAAAAUUUUUUCUUAUGCACUUAUGAUAAUAUACUUAAUAUAAAUAUAUAUAUAUAUACUUUUUAUACUUAUGUACCAUGUAGUGUAAAAGUAAAUGAGGAACCAAAAUGACUGCUUACAACUGAUGUAAAUGAAAAUCACCAGAAGCUUCAAAAUACAUGAUUUUAAUUAACCUACUAAAAAUAACUUGUAAAAUAUUCCUGCAAGCACCUGUUAA